AUGACCUUUGGCGGUCGUUUGCUUACCUCGUUAUACACGCCUAGAACUUUCAAACGGUAUUUCUCCUCGGUGUCGUCAGCACUUCAGGAAAGCGGGGACAAUACUUAUAAUCUGAUAAUUCAUGAAGAACUUUGGGGGUUUCAGCUGCCGAUCGUUAUGGAUUUUUUCAAGACAAGCCUGGGGGCAGUCUGGGGCCUGGUGGUCGCUUCACUAUCCGAACCAAGGUUGGUUACGGCUCACUAUCUACCGUAUGGAUUGCUAAAGAUUCGGGUAAAAAUGGACCAUGUUGCCCUCAAAAUAUUGACCGGAUACUCCUCGCAGAUGAAUUUUGAACACAAGCUUCGCGAAGUAGAUGACCAUCGGCGUUUUAAUUAUGGCCCGCUUAGCGCUCACGACUGUGGUUCCCAGAUGAUUACACAUUUCACUCAUCCUGGCAUCGAAGAUGAUGGCGAGCACUUGUGUCUUGCUCUUGAACUUUUACAGACGGACGUUCAAACUGUUAUACGCUUGCAGCCUGACCAGGAGUUCCUCCCCUUAAACAUAGUCACACGUAUAUUGAGUCAUACUCUCAAAGGACUAGAGACCUCGCACCGUCAUGGAAUCCCCGCUUAUCGUCACUUCUAUCUGCCACAGACCAAUUUUGAUGAUCCUGAUAUCAAUGUCAUUCAUACGUUACUUCAAAUGAAUAUGGUCAUCGGUGAACCCGUUCAUCCCAUUCUGUUGCAAGCAUUUCCGCUGGAUUCACAAUACUAUGACGAGAAACGAGCCCUCAAGUUCGCCGAUGCUUCGCUUGUACGACAUGUACCUGUUUCCGAGAUGAUUCAGGAAGCGCGAUCUAGCUCUCCUCUCGAAUCAGCAGAUCUAGAAGGGGCAGCUCGACUUAUUGAAAGAUGUUUGAACUAUUCCAUGAGUCAGCGUCCAACUAUUUGCAUUAAUGCUGGCGACAUCAAUUGGUUGGGGAAAGAAGAUAUAAUUAAAUUGCAACCCAUCUCUCCGUUUCCCAUCAACGAAGAGCCUCUUGGACUCCCUACCGAAGCAGGAUAUGGAUAUUUUCAGGACAAGCCUGGGAACAGCAUAGGUCCUGAUGGUCGGUUCAUUAUCCAGGCGGAACUUGGCUUUGGAACAGCUUCCGGUGUGUGGCUGACCAAGGAUGGGAUUAACAAUAGCUACGUUUCCCUCAAAAUUCUGAAAGGAUACGCGUCGCAAAUGAACUAUAAACACAAGCUUCGUGAAUUGGAUGUCCACCAGUGUUUUAUCUUGCCUCUCCUGACGUACACGACUUCUGCUCUCGAAUGA